UUCGUUCUACCACCGCCGCCGCCGUUGCUCGGAGGCAGCUGCUUGCGUCGACGGCCGUUUGUCGUGCGUUCGACGCGUGUGCGUGCGCGCGCGCCCGCACCCGCCGUCGCCGUAGUGCCGCACCGUGGUGUGUGCGUGCGGAGGAGUGAUUGUCGGGUCGGUCGACAGACGGACGACAUCGGAGACACACCGCCACGCCGGUGGUAAAGAACCGCCGCCACACUACAUAAUAUCGUAGACCGUAGUCAGUACUGGACCGGCACGCGAACCGUUUCGGCGUGGUUCAUUCCAACCGACCGUCGUCCGCGGAGAAUAAUUGUGUUGUGCGAGUGUACGCGUCUUCGUCGUUGUACCGGCGCACGUUUCCGUUUCCGUCCACACGUUUCUAUUGUGAAUUAUGUGAAAAAUAUAUUAUUAUUAUUAUUGUUUAAAUCGUAACAAUAGUGCGACGGUUAUCAAUUAAAAUUAAAUCGUUCUAGCCUUUUUUUUUCGCUUUUCUCUCUUAACAAUGGUAGCUUACUCGAUGCGCACUCGAAUUAAUCCGAUACUACUGCAGAAGAAUACACGUUGUUUAUCUUCUCACACUCUUCGGUUCGACGACGGCUUAUAAGUCUAAAGGUGUUAUUAUUAUUUUUUCUACGGACUACAAACACGCAUUACAGUGGCCGCGACCGUACGGGCGGCACUCAUUCCGCGCACGAGUCGUCGUUGACGUCGGUCGCAGUUCCGGUGUACGGGCCAUGGGUAGAAGAUGUUAGACAUUCCGUGCUGGAAAACGGGCCGGCCGGACAACGGGAACAAUGGCGGCGUUUCGGUCGCACCGCCCGCGGCCCUGGUCCAGGACGCGGACAAGUCGAUGCGGUUGCAGGCGUGCUGGAUCCGGUUGUGGGACAGGUGGGCGUGCGAACAGCGCAACGUGGUCCUGUACCAGAUGCACAUCAAUCACGCGCUGUCUCGGGAACGGUCCAAGCUAGCGCUGGCCGGCGGCCGGCUGGUGUCGUGCAGGCGUAUCAAGCAGCAGCAGCAGCAGGCGGAACCGUCGGGUUCCCGGUGCAGUAGCGCGACCGUCACGGCGGCCGGUGCUGCGACCACGUUGCCCUCGGCCGUCAGGUCGGCCACGGUGCACCCAGCCGGUCGGCACAUCGACCACGACGCCGCGGUGGUUGCGCCGCCCAUCGGGUCGGACGCCGUGGACGCCCGCGACCUCCGCGUGCUGUCCACGGCCGUGGACCGGCUCCGGGCGUCCGGCUGGUACUACGAGGGCGCCGAGGCGCAGGCCUGGGCCGCGAACGCGCUCGCCGGCAUGCCCGCCGGCCGGUUCUGCGUUCGCGAUUCCAGACACUCGGAACACCUGUUCACGAUGGACGUGCAGACCGGCCGCGCCGGCGAUUCGCGGCUCAUGAGCGUCCGGCUCACGUACGCGGACGGCGUGUUCGGGCUGGACUCGAUGCCCCGGCGAGCGGACGCGCUCAGCGUACCAAAGUUCCGGUGUCCGAUCGAGCUGAUCGACUACUACGUCCGGCUGUCCCGGAUCGAAUCUGUCCGCCAGGUGGACGUGUGCCCCGUGUGGACCGACCUCCGCGGCAAGUUCUACUCGUGGAUGAACCUCCGCCGGCCGAUGGUCAAGUCCACCGCCGCCGGGUUUCCGUCGCUGAAGCACAUGGCCCGUCUGGUCAUCAACCGGCACAAGAAACUCAUCACCAUCACCCCUACAUCACUACCAAACGAACUGAUCGAAUAUUUACUUCAAUAUCCGUAUAGCCUGUGAUUAUAUUAUUAUAAUAUUGUAUAAUUAUUAUUUUUUACAUCGUCUGCGUUAUAUUUUCACUACUACUACUA